CAGGUCUCUUGUUGGCGGCCUUAUGUCCCGCAAGCCGCUGGCCUCGCUCCAGUCAAAUCGUUCAAACACACAGCGACAGCACCAACAGCCCGUUUCACUCGCAAGGCGGCUGCUCUUUCCGUCGCUGCCAAAUAAUGACUUGCCUCUUCUCCUCGUUUCUCCAGUGCCACCAGAGCUUACUGCAGAGCUCUACGACUUCAUCGCCCUCGCUCUUCGUGCCUUUGUGAACCCAUGGUGGACCAAGAUUACUCGCUAUGACAAGGAAUUUCUUCCAGAUAUCACUCGUAUCCUUACUGCUGUCGUCCGGGCUCUGGAAGAGCGCGUUCUUGCAACCGAUUUUCCGUCUGUCAUUUGUCGUGACAUUCCUGUAAUUCUCACCCAGCAUUACACCGACUACCGUAAUGCCUCUUCCAAAAUUGCCACUGCAUAUGCCGCGGGCGGUGCCCUUUCUAUGGACCAGCUCUUCCAUCAGUUUCAACCACACAUGGCCCUAUCCCCUGAUGGUCAAUUAGACCGUGACUAUAUUCGCCAAAUUCUUGAUCAUAUUCUCAAGGCGUGCCUGCCUUCAGAAGACUUUGAGCCAGAGGCGGAACGACUCAUUGUUAGAGAAAUUAUUCUCAAGAUUGUGGUCAAGGACGUGAUUCCUAAAAUCGUUCAGCCCUGGUUCAUUCAGAAGACCAUUCUAGAUUUCCUUGGACCUCAGCCUGGUUCUGCGAGUAGCAUUGCAACUUCGGAAUCACCGCCGCCUUCGCAGUCAAGCCAGGCCUUCUCCUUCCAUACCAUUCUCAUCGUCUUCCUUUCCGCAAUACAGUCUAUCUCAGGAGCUUGUCUUGCUCUAAUACAUACUUACAAACAUGCUGUCAAUACCAUUAAACUGGUGAAUCAGUCGCCGUCCAAAUCUGUACACCCUUCGCCGUCAUCGAAGAGCACCUCGUCUUCGAGCCCCGUACUUCUUGAAACGAUCCCAUCUCCGCCAUUUUCUCGUGCACCAUCCAAAUCAUCAUCCACCUCUUCCCUUCCUCCGGCUCCCCUUUCCCCCUCCGACUUUCCUACACCCCCGUCGGUUCCCACGAAUCGGAAUGAACACCUUCACGAAUAUUACGCCCAUGCACCUAUCCUCAUGAUUUCGGAGAUAUUCUCCUUACACGAUCGCUACGCGUCAAGUGUAAUCGUGACUACCAUCAGCAUGCUAGCGUCUUUUUUUACCCCGUUCCUCGAUCGUCUGCUUCCCUACCUUCUUGGUAAGAUAUUAUCCCCUGCGCUACUCCUCAACAUUGUGCGUACAGGAAAACGGACUCUGUUUCCCAACGGGUACCCCGCGCCUCCUCCAGUAGAUCCGACGCCAGAGGAACAAGCUGAAAUUUACGCAAAAUUGAUUGCCUGGCGCGGCAAGGGGGGUCUAUCACACCUAAUUCCAAUACUGUUGGGCUCCGAUCCUUCGGUAACGCUCAAAUCUGCCAUCGACCCCUUGACGAGUACCUCAUGCAAUGUACACCUGGUUAUGAUGAUUCUAGACCGGAUUGUUAUCGCGUUAUUCCCAGAACUUGGUGGAGCUGGAUCGGGGGAGAGUUUGUAGCGCGUUUACGUUUAUAAUUCUUAUGUUGUAUUUGCAGUACGUGUCGCGUUAUGUACACAUGUUUGAUUCGGAAGCCAUC